CCGACGGGAUACAAUAAUCCCUUGCAACCUGCACGGUCUCAAACAGAGUACGGAGAACAGCAACGGUCGGUAGUCGAGAUCUGUCGCGUGCACAGAAGAACCACACUAGAACCGGACAGAAAAAAACAACUCAAAACCUGUCAGACCAUCGGAGAAGUGAACUCGAACGAGCCUGAGAGAAAACGGAGCCUUUGUUUUCAGAAGCAGCAGGGAGCCGAACCGGAGGAGAGAUGAUGAGUUUUCUGCCAUACUUCUCUGCUGAGACCUGGACCCUCCUGGCCCUCCUCAUCACCAUCAUUGUAGUGUAUGGGUACUGGCCCUAUGGUGUGUUCACUAAGAUGGGUGUCCCUGGUCCCAAACCCCUACCUUACUUUGGCACAAUGAUGGAGUAUAGAAAGGGCAUCGCUAACUUUGACACAGAGUGCUUUCAGAAGUACGGGAGAAUCUGGGGGAUCUAUGAUGGGAGGCAGCCUGUUCUGUGUAUCAUGGACAAAAGCAUGAUCAAGACCGUCCUGAUUAAAGAGUGUUACAACAUUUUCAUCAACCACAGGGACUUCUAUCUGAACGGCGAGAUGUUUGAUGCGUUGUCCGUUGCCAAGGACGAUACAUGGAAACGGAUCCGCAGUGUCCUCUCACCUUCCUUUACCUCUGGACGACUAAAAGAGAUGUUUGGUAUCAUGAAGCAGCACUCUGCUACCCUGCUGAAUGGAAUGAAGAAGAAGGCAGAUAAAGACCAGACCAUCGUAGUGAAGGAGUUCUUUGGGCCCUACAGUAUGGACGUGGUCACCAGCACAGCCUUCAGUGUGGACAUUGACUCUCUGAACAACCCUUCAGACCCCUUCGUCUCCAACGUCAAGAAGAUGAUCAAGUUUGACAUUUUAAACCCACUGUUCCUCCUAGCCUCUUUGUUUCCCUUCACUGGUCCUAUCUUGGAGAAGAUGAAGUUUUCUUUCUUCCCGACUGCGGCGUUUGACUUCUUUUACGCCUCGCUGGCUAAGAUCAAAUCUGGACGUGACACUGGGAACUCAACUAAUCGGGUGGAUUUCUUACAGCUGAUGAUCGACUCUCAGAAAGACAGCGACACAAAGACAGGAGAGGAACAGACUAAAGGACUGACUGAUCAUGAGAUCUUGUCUCAGGCCAUGAUCUUCAUCUUCGCCGGCUACGAGCCCUGCAGCAGUACGAUGAGUUUCCUGGCCUAUAACCUGGCAACCAACCCCCAUGUCAUGACCAAACUGCAGGAGGAGAUAGAUACUGUGUUCCCCAACAAGGCUCCUAUCCAGUACGAAGCGCUGAUGCAGAUGGACUAUUUGGACUGUGUGUUGAACGAGACUCUGAGACUGUACCCCGUCUCCCCGCGACUGGAUAGGAUCGCCAAGAAGACGGUGGAGAUCAACGGCAUCGUCAUCCCCAAAGACUGCAUUGUCAUGGUUCCCACGUGGACCCUCCACCGUGACCCAGAGAUCUGGCCCGACCCUGAGGAGUUCAAACCAGAGAGGUUCAGUAAGGAGAACAAGGAGUCUAUUGAUCCGUACACGUACAUGCCGUUUGGGGCGGGGCCCAGGAACUGUAUUGGGAUGCGCUUCGCCCUGAUCAUGAUCAAACUCGCCAUGGUCGAGAUCCUCCAGAGUUUCACUUUCUCCGUCUGCGACGAGACCGAGAUCCCGUUGGAGAUGGACAAGCAGAUUCUGCUGAUGCCAAAACGACCAAUCAAAAUGAGGCUGGAGCCCCGUAGCAACACCUCUAGCAACACCACCGCCACCACUCUGAACAGUCAAGCAACAUGACCAAAUGCAGGAGUACCGUACCCUACCCUGGUGUACUAUCGAUCGAUCACGCUAUCUACCUAUCACUCUUUCUAACUAUACUGAACAAAAAUCUAAACGCAACAUGGAACAAUGUAAAAGAUUUUUCUCUGCUACAGUUCACUUAAGGAAAUUAAUCAAUUGAAAUAAAUAAAUAAAUUAGGCCCUAAUCUACAGAUUUCACAUGACUGGGCAGGGGUGCAGCCAUGGCUGGGCCUAGGAGGGCAUAGGUCCACCCACUUGGAAGCCAAGCCGACCCACUGGGGAGCCAGGCUCAGCCACUCAGAAUGAGGUUUUCACACAAAAGGGCUUUAUUAUAGAUGGUUAUUAUAGAUGCUGAUGAUCCGCAGGGGAAGAAGCCGAAUGUGGAGAUCCUGGGCUGGCGUGAUUACACGUGGUCUGCGGUUGUGAGGCCGGUUGGGACGUACUGCCAAGUUCUCUAAAACAACUUUGGAGGUGGCAUAUGGUAGAGAAAUGAACAUUCAAUUAUCUGGCAACAGCUCUGGUGGACAUCUAUCUAUCUAUUGGCUACUGAAUAUUCAGUCCUUAUCCUAACCCUGCUAUAGGCUACUGAAUAUUCAGUACUUAUCCUAACCCUGCUAUAGGCUACUGAAUAUUCUUUCCCGACCCUUCUAUAGGCUGCUGGAUAUUCAGUUCUUACCCUAACCCUGCUAUAAGCUACUGAAUAUUCAGUCCUGACCCUGCUAUAGGCUACUGAAUAUUCAGGCUGGGAUUCAAUAGGCUACUUAAUAUAAUAUGAUAAUUAGACUGCAUUCACAUUGAAUGUCCAGUUCAGUCAGUUCAAUCAUAAAUUAAUUCUGGUCUCAGUUUGAGUAGGACUCAGAAACCCAUUUCCACCAGAUGAAAGAAAGAUAGUAAUACUAUGGAUGCAUUAGGGGUACAAGUCUUGUUAAAGUUAGACACCAGGAGGUAUUACAUCCAUGGCAUGAUGUCAUGUCUGGAUCCUGCACACUACUGGCUGGUGGCUGGAAUUGUCCUAGAAUGUAGAACUCUAGCUGGUGUUCUGUAGAACUCUCAUUCUGUUCCUCUGGAUGUUCUGCUGUCCAGUCAUUCCAAAAUAGAAUCUUUACUGUCUGUUGAGAUGAUCCCUGCAGCUGCUUUGCUUCAACUUUAAUCAUCACAAACCAAUAAAAAUCAUCACACUAAUGAA